AUGUCCACCAAAAGUUGUUCUGAGCAGACGAGGGCCAAAAAAUCGCACAAAAGACAAAGAACGGAAGCGCAGAAAAAACGACGUGCCUUGGCAGAUCAAGCAAGAGUGCUGAGGAACCAGAAGGCCAAGCUUGAUGACCUACUGGUGUUGAUCCAAAUCAUACCGUCGCCGGAUCAAGAAAUCAGAAGGGCUUGGUCACAAAAGCUUGGGAUUACAAUGGCAUUUCUGGACAACUGGAUCCAAGAGUAUAAGCAUCCGGACCCUUUGAAAAAAUAAGUGCGGAAUUAUAAGUUAGAUAAUAAAAUAGGUGUUGAUGAUGCACCAAAACAGGACCCAAAAAUAGUUAAAUGUUCAUCUCCAUCUCCAACAAGCUUUAAAAUCUCUCCAUCAGAUAUGUACACAAAUGCUGAAAAGAUGGCUUCAUUUUCACCGUUCAAAGAAGAGCAAAAGCUUAUUCCCGAGCACAACGUUUGCCAAAAUAAACUCAAUCCACAAGUUAUUUGUGAGCCGAGCCAAAAAGCAUGAACGUCAUUGCUCUGAAAAUAUGGGCCCGGAAAUCAAAAGAAUGUCAAUCAAGUACAACAACGGAAUAUUUUAUUUGUUUAUUAAUCUUAUCGAUUUUUAUAAGUUCAUUCAUUUUCUCAUACAUAUACAUUGAAU